UAACCAAAGCUUCACUGGGCUAACGAUCGCUAAAUGUUUGGAGUUCUGCCGACGCAACGAUGAGAAUGUACUUGCAGGGGUGGAGUUUGCAGUGGAAUGUUAUUGUAGCAGUGAUACAGCAACGAACCUCAGUCGACGAGCCUCGGAUGAUGACUGUAAUCAUCCGUGCAAUGGAUCCGCAACAGAGAAUUGUGGUGGACUAGGCAAGAUCGCAAUUUUUAAUCUAAGAGCAGAUCCCACCCCAUCUACACAACCGAUAGAAACACCAUGUGAUACCAUCCCAGAUAUGACUUCAUCUACCAUGCCUUCGACUACUGUCCAAUCCUCGACACACGAUACACCUGACCUAUCGACAGAAAUGGGCACCUAUGACGAGGGAAUUACUGCUUCAUCCGAAGGAAUAACUUUCAUAUCAUCUUCUCCUCCGGGAGGUAAGAAAACUCCGUAUGGUGCAAUCGGUGGUGGAGUGGCUGUAGCAGUAGGUGUUGUAGUGGUCAUCAUUGUCAUUAUUACCUUGAGACGCAAGUCCAAGGAAAAAGAGGACCAGAAAUAUGGUGUUUGUGAGAUGACAAGAAACACAUCCGGGUCUCAAGGAUAUGAGAAUUCUAUCGUAGGUUUCCAUGAAGCCACUGAUAGGGAUACAAUGGAUGAUCUGUACGGGGUGGUCGAGAAGGAUGCCUUUUCAGCCCAAAUGAAGAGAGGUACCAUGAUAGUAGAAUACGUCAACGUGAAAGGGGAAGCUGGCAACACUCCAGCCGUGGCAGAACCAGACUAUAGCUAUGAAAACAUGGCAGCUGAUACAACGGGCAAUGACGCUAUGACAUCAAAGGGUGUGGGUGGUUCGGAUGAGUUGUACGCGAUGUCGACCAAACAUCGUCUGGGACCAGACGGUCGAGAAGUUGCCGAUGAAGAAGCGGAUAUGUAUGCGGUACCAGAUAAAGGGCGAAAAAGUCAACCUUCCCAUGAUGCCUUAGACAAGUCCCAUCCUGUUGAGAAAGCAGACGACGCUGGUGAUUUGUAUGCGAUGCCCGAUAAGAAUCGAAGGAGCAAGAAUGCUUUAACUUCCUCACCCUCAUAUGAUAUUGAAUUAAUGUAUGCUAUGCCAGAUAAACCAAGGUUUGGUCAAUUACAUGAUGACGAUGAUACAACCGAAAUGGUGGAAAAUGAGUUGUAUGGAUGAACUUUUGAAUUCUCUCACGUACUUUCAGCAACCAAAAAUUUAUGCUUUAAGGUGUUUAAUGAAAAUUAUAAAAAUCAAUCAGUAAUACUUUCAUCUAUCAUGUCUAUUUUUGUGAUAAUUGUUGCAAAUCAGAGGUUAGGAAAAUAAUCGUCUAAGCUUGUCACCCUAGUAUAGGAUAUUAGGGACCGGGAGCAUUCGGAUAUGGUAAGGGUAGGUAUGUGGCCCCAAAUUUUGAACCGAAUCCCUAUAAGCAAUCGAAGUUGCUAUGAAAUGAAUGGCUAAACAACGCUGCCUAUGGGAUUGGGAUCUGGAAUUUAAUGUGAAAUGAUGGCGCCUGAAAUGAGGGGUUCAUAGGUCUUAUGAAAUAAACUCGAGAGACUGACUGACCACUGUUUGUCGAAGCGAUGAUAAUGAUAUGUUUUGGAAAUGGAAGUACAUGUACAGUGAAGCAAUAUAAUAGAGUGAAUUGUGGGUAAACCCCCCCCCCCCCCGUGAAGGAACACUCACGUAUAAAUGACGGUAAGGGUAUGACAGCUCUUUUAAACCCCACUCCCUCCCUUUUACAUCUUGCUAACAGUUCACACGCAUAUUUUAAUGAUUAUGAUUAUUGUUAUUUCAGGAAUAAAAUAUGCCCUGUAAAUUGACAGAUAAUCGAGAGUCUAACAGUUUCUGACAUCAUCUAGCAGUUUUUUUUUAUUUAUGACUCUGUUUAUUGUUUAAAAUGUUAAUUUAUUAAUGUAACUUUUUGUUUGAUAUUUUGUAUAUUUUUAAUUUUCUUAGAUUGUAAUGUUUGGAUUUGAAAUCAAUAAAAUAAACUUGAAACUUUUAACGCUUUUCAUUUGACAACACGUUCUGUCCCGUUCCUGUUCCCCUCAUUCCAGGCGUUAGUUCUCGGAGACCCCUGGUAUUUCAUGUUAAAUUCCAGUUCCCAAGUACCCCCGUUUGUAGAGGGCUAUCUAGUUCAUAUUUCAUAGCAACUUCAGUUCUUAAGGGAAGGUGGAGCCGCAAACCACUACCCUGUCAAAAUCCGGGGGUAGGCCGGGGAUGGGGUUACAUACGAUGUGGUAAAAAGGGAUCUAAAUUAUAUAGAGAUAACAGAACAUGAUAUUUUGUUGUGCAUUGUGUUCUUUUAAAAUAAUUCUGUCUGAUUAUGUGCUAGAAAUAUUCACUAUUCUAUUUAGCUCUGACAACCACUUGACAUAAAACAUUUGGGUCAAUAAACAUUACAUUUAAGGAAUAAUAAUAUGUAGAAAUGUAUUAGCCAGCAUAUGGAGCGAUACAUGGUUACUUUGUUUAUUAUUAUGUCUACAUUCUGUAUUCAGCAUUGUGAUAAUACAUUAUGGGCUGUAUAUGUAUACUUGUAAAUUUGUGAGUUAUGAAUGUUCCUUUUGAUACAUCAGUUUGUGUAACGACGAUGUGACUUUGAAUAUGCAUACCAUAAUAUUGAACGAUUUAAGUAUUGUGAACUAAUCGGGAAUGUUUGUGCUUUGAUUUCAAUGGCUGUCGCGUAAACAUUCGCUUAUAUUCUGCUUAGUAUAGCCUGUUAUCAUAACAAGCAUCGCUAAAAUAAUGUAACAUUCUUACCUUUUGAAAAUACUUUCACCUGACUUGUAUUCACCUGAUCAACGAAAACAGACCUACAUUUUCACGAGACCGCCAUCAUAGUCAUGCUCUCGGUCACGAUGGCGGUCUCCUGCAUUCCUUUCAAUUGUCAUUCUGUUUAAUGAAUCAUAUAUCUAUUUUCAUUGUUUGUAUUACGACUACAUGUAUUGUAUUAUUGAUUGUUUUAUAUUAACUUUGUAUAUGAAAACAUUUUAAAUAAAUAGUGAUAGUUAUUAGUUUAUGAUAUGAUAAUCUGCCAUUACUAUUCCUAUCGGGGUCCACCCGCUAGUCAUCGUAGUCAUAAGGGUCGCUCUUCAUAAAGGUCAAUGUUCAUAGGGAUCGCUAUAGUAAUGAUGAACGAAGAGGGCUCGUCAUAGUCAAAGAAGAGGGUAGCUAGUCAUAAUCAUGCAAGGGGUUUCUAGUCGACUCAUAGCAGGGAAAAUUGUUUCAAUAUUCAUAAGGCUCUCCAGUCAAAUUAGAAGAGGGUCGCUAAUCAUAAUAGGAGAAGAAGUUCACCAAUCAUAAUAUACAAUAGAAAUGUUCGUCGUUCGUAACAGGCCAAAAUGAUCGCUACGAUAGUGGAAGUAUAUGGCUGCCUAUCUUAACAGGCAAUGGCUGCGUGAAGCACAAAGAUUUUUUUUUUUUUUUUUGGGGGGGGUGGGGGUAGUCAUUAAUGUUGAAUUUCCCCUCAUUUUCCCCCUGUACGUUCCUUUUUUAGCUCAUCCGGCCCGAAGGGCCAGAUGAGCUUACGCCGUGGCGUGGCGUCCGUCGUCUGUCGUCUGUCGUCUGUCCACAAUUUCAAAAUGCUUCUUCUUCGCCAUUUCAAGUCCGAUUUCAAAUCUGUUUGCUUUAUAUGAUAGCACUAGGUAGGGGAUUCAAAACUUCUACACAGAAUUUUGAAACUCAUUAAAUAUGCUAAUUUAUGCGCAUUUGUCAAAAUUCACAAAAAAUGCUUCUUUUUCUUCAUUUGUUGACCGAUUUUGAAUUUUUUGCUUCCAUCUGGUAGAGCUUUAUGAGGUUCACCAAACUUCUACACAGAAUUUUUUAAUUUGGAGUAGAAAAUUAUUUAUGCUAAUUUAUGCGAAAUUCAUAAUUCACAGAAAAUGCCUCUUUAUUUGUUGACUGAAUUUCAAAAUGUUUCUUCUUCGUCAUUUCAAGUCUGAUUUCAAUUCUGUUUUAUUAAUAUGAUAGCAUUAGAUGGGGGAUUCAAAAUUCUACACAGAAUUUUGAAACUCAUUGAAUAUGCUAAUUUAUGCGUAUUUUUAAAAAUUCACAUAAAAUGCUUCUUCUUCUUUAAUUGUUGACCGAUUUUGUUUUUUUUCUUCCAUCUGGUAGAACUUCAUGAGGUUCACCAAACUUCUACACUGAAUUUUGAACUUUUCAGUAGAAAAUUAUUUAUGCUAAUUUAUGCGAAAUGUAUUCAUAAAUCACAGAAAAUGCCCCUUCUUCUUUAAUUUGUUGACUGAUUUGAUUUUUUUUCUUCCAUCUGGUAGAGCUGCAUGAGGUUCACCAAACUUGUACACAAAUAUUUUGAAAUUUUGUCUAGAAAAUUAUUUAUGCUAAUUUCUGCAAAGUUUAUUCAUAAAUCACAAAAAAAUGUUUUUCUUCUUCAUUUAUAGAUCAAUUUCAAUUUUGUUUGCUUUAUAUGAUAGCUCGAGGUGGAGAUACAAAAUUUCAACCCAGAAUUUUGAAGCUCAAUAAAUAUGCUAAUUUAUUCAUAUAUUUUCAAUACUCACAAAAAUACUUAUUUAUUUGUUGAUUGAUUUUGAUUAUUUUUGUUCCAUCUGAGAGCUACAUGAGGUUCACCAAGGCUCUAAACUGAGUUUAGACAUUUUGACUAGAAAAUUAUUUAUGCUUAAUUUAUAUGAAAUGUAUUCAUAGAUCACAAAAAAUGCCUUUUCUUCAUCAACUUCAAUUCUAUAUCCUCAAUUUAUGUCACCAAUGUAAUUCACUACAGUGUCAACUGGGCUGAAAUUAAACUUGUGUUAAAUUUCGUUGCAAGAUGCCGGAUGAGCUCCACAUCAUUGAUGUGCUAGUCGUAUCCCUAUUAGAGAGGUACAAUGCUUGAUCGUAUACCGAUGAAAGCAUAAAAAUAAAGUUUUCACUCACACACUCU